UUGGAAUAUGACUCCCUCUCCUUAUUGGAUUGAGAAACAGAGAAAGAAAGAGAGAGAGAGAGAGCGAUUAGAGAGGAAAAUUGGUGUGCUAUGAGGUUGCAGAAGCAGGCCCCUGGCUGCUAAUCCCUUGUUUUCCAUUAGAUCUUCUUUCAAUUCAUCCAUUGUUAACGAUAUCUCGUCUUCUUUGUUUUCGUUUUUUCCUUUUUCUUCUUCUCUUUCUUUUCUUGUUGCAGGUUAAUCAAAGGCAAUGGCACCUGUUAAAUCCUCCUCUAAAAGAAAAUCCUCAUCUUCUCACAAGAAGAAACGCUCUAAGCCAUCCUCUGAGGCCGGGAGGAAGAGGAGGAGCAGUAGUAGGAAGAAAGAUAAAUCUAAGAAGCUUAGUCGUCGUGAUGCGUCGAUUUCCUAUUCUGAGGACGAUUCAAGGACAGAGGAUUCUAUAUCUGUUUCAUCCUCUGAUUCGGAGGAUGAUUAUAGAAGUAGAAGGGCACGAUCUCGUACUCGGGGGGAUGCAAAAGGUAGUAGGAAGAGGGCCAGGCGCAGUUCUUUGAGCCGUGAUGCAGACAAGGAUUUGCCCAAUCGGAGAAAGAAAAAAGGGUCUAAAAGAGACAGAGGCUCCGUGGAGAAGAGAAAUUCCAAACGAAGGAGCCGUGGGAGUCUGCGUUCCAGGAAAGAUGUUAAUGUUAGCUCUACAAGUAAUGGUUCCGUGAGUUGCUCAACCUGCCGUGAGAGUAGCACUGACUCUGUGAGGUCAAGGGGUUGGUCUGAAGAAAGAGAUAGAUAUAAGAGAAGUCCCAGUAAAAUGAGCGAGGGAAGAUAUAAGGAUCGAUAUAGAUUCAGCAGGAGUAGCUCUUCAUGUGGCACAUGUGACCACCAGAGAAGUUACCGAAGUGAGGAGAAAUAUACGGGUGAAAAUUCACGUCGUCUCAAAUCAGUUCUUACUGACCCAAAACAUUCAAAGGAAAAGGAAGGAACUCGGAACAGCAAGGAUGAUGAUAGGACAGAGAUUAUCCAGGCUUAUGAUGACUGCCCUUCUAGCAGAAGCAAUGACAGUUAUGAUGGGGGACGGAAGAGGGAACCAUCUUGCCACCCACAUGGUGCAUCUGAUAAGAAGAGACGGUUUGAUGAUGCAAAGGGUGAAGACACUUCAAAAAUGAAGACGACUGAAGUCAUAGUAAUUGGGAAGGAGAAUGAUGGUAAUGAUCAAAACUUGAGCAUGUUUGGGUCAACCAAAACUUCUACUAGGAGUGGGAGUGAGCUUCCAUCUGCUACUGGUAGUCCUGAUGUACAUGAUUUGGAGUUGUAUUUAAGACAAAAGGCAUUGGAAAAUCUUAGGAAAUUCCGAGGAGUGCCCCACACAAAUGCAAAAACUUUGCAGAAAGAAGAGAGUGGUGGUGAUGAAAAGCUGCCAUCAACUGCAAAGAUAGAAACAGUCCGAAAUGAACCCCAAACAGAACAUAGGAGCCAGUUGUUGGGGGCAACGCAACUAAGUCAGAACGUAACACCAUUGAUGGAGAGAAAGUCGACUUUCUAUCCUCCAAAGGAUGGGCUGAUGCCUGACAAAAGACAUGAAUCUAAGGUGAAGGUGGAUAGUGUUCAUUCAGUUAAGGAUGUUGGCAAUGUGGCGCUAAAACAGACAGCUGUUACUAAUAAACUCACAGAAAAGAACAAACCGAAUGUUGGCAUAACUGUUAGUAGGAGACAGGAAUCUUCCAGUGAUCAAUCCAAUCUGAAAGAAGCACCAACAUCUAAAGAAUCUUCUAAGGAAAAGCUGUUGGAGGCUAGGGACAUCUUAAAUAGAAGUGUAGCCACAAAUCUUAAAGCUUCACCAGGGAGUAGCAAUACUCAUGGUGCAGCAAUUAAUGAUUCCAGAUCGGCUGGUACUGAGGCUUCUACCAUCCCCAACACUUCAACAGCAGUGCAGUGCCAAAAUGAACAAAAGGAUGAAGCCAAAGGGAGUUCCCAAUUCGAGCAAAAGACUAUGUCUGUAAUGCGUGGUGGUGAGAUGGUGCAGGUGAGCUACAAGGUUUACAUUCCUAAAAAGGCACCAGCUUUGGCAAGGAGGCAACUCCAGCGGUGAAGUAUGCAAAUACAGUUUCUGUUGCUCGGGUAGGAUUAAGAUUUUGCAGAGUUUAUACAAGCAUGAGAUAAUUGUGUAAUACUUUUCAUAUUGAUGGGAUACUUGGAAUUGGUUUGAAAUGGAUUAGCUGAUAGAGAAAGUGAUGAAGGAACUUUAAAGAUCCGAUCGUUCAUUUCCCAAUCUUUAGUAGGUUGGAAAGUUAAGAUCCAAACCUUGUCUAGGAUAUGCCUUUUUAGAAGUGUUAUUUUACCUUUUUUUUACAGGUUUCGUCCAAUAAAAAAAAGGGCAUAUCCAGUUCACAAGGCUUCUGUCACUAUGGGGUCAUAGGAGGGUCAUAAGAUAUGCAGCCUUAACCCUUGCUUUGUGGUGAGGUUGUUUCCAGACCCCAACACACAACCACUAGGUUGCAAUGCAGCAACCUUACCGUGUGGUUUCAUCCUGUAUUGUGUGUAGAAUGAUUUGUAGCUUGUCAUAGAAAUAGCAGGUUCUUAUGUUUCACUUUA